AUGUUGCUACAAGUUCUUCACAACAAUAUCAAGCACAAAGAUCGGAUUCUGCCCAAUAAAAGAGUCACUCGUGUCGACCUCAUCAAUGGUGGAGCCAGAGUUCACACCAAGGAUGGCGAUACGUUUGAUGGAGACAUUGUCGUCGGAGCCGACGGCAUUCACAGCAAGAUCAGAGAUGAAAUGUGGCGAAUUGGCAAGGAGCAGAGUCCUGGAUAUUUUCCCCAGGAUGAAACCUCACGUGUCCCAGUUUCUACGAGAUGUGUAUUUGGCAUCUCCAACCGGCCCGCCAAGUACGGCACUCGAGCCCAGCAGAAUAUCAUUGGGAAAGGCCACUCCUAUCUUAUUAUUGCAGCACCAUUGAACCGAACCUACUGGUUCCUCUUUGAUGGACUCGCGAAAACCGAAUACGGUAACGACGUUAAGAAAUACUCCAAGGCCGACGAAGAAGCACUGGUGAACGCUCGUCGCAAUGACCUCAUUACUGAGGAUGUCAGCUUUGGCGAGUUGUACGACAAAAAGAUCAUGUCGACACUGGUCCCACUUGAAGAAUACGUCUUUGAGAAAUGGCAUUAUAAGCGAAUCAUCACAAUAGGUGAUUCAGCCCACAAGAUUGACCCGGCAUCUGGCCAAGGUGGCAAUGGUGCCAUUGAGGCCGCAGCACUACUAGUCAACUCAAUUGUGGAACAGCUUGACUCGUCCCCCCAAGGCCUCUCCGAAACUCAAGUCGAGGCUGCCCUGGCAAAGGUUCACAAUCUGCGAUAUGAGCGAUCCUGUGAUCUUGUAUCAGAAGCACACACGUUGCAGAAGAUAUUAAGCCAGAGAAUGCCACUGGCUAGUCUUUACCAAUAUCUUGUUCCAUACUUCGGUCUAACCUGGGUUGCCGACGUCGUGGUCUCAAUCUGCUCCGCUGCUCCCAAGAUUGAAGGCGUUCCCGUACCACACCGACAGCACUGUGUUCCAUUUGAAGAUGAGCUACCUGCCAAGCCCGUAAAAGGUAAAUUGGCUAGGCGGGCUCCAUGGACCAUCGCAUGCGGCCUUGGCAUAUGGGCAUAUUUUAUGCUUGGAGAAAACUCCCUGCAGGGAGCAACAGGCGUCUCUGAGUUGUUGAAGCAAUGGGGAACUGGGGGUGCUUUGGCACAAUCCGUCGGGUUAGAAUCUGCGGCCAGCCUUGCCAUCAGUUUGAUUCCAACUCUUUCCACAUGGCUGGUCGAGGGUUCUCGAAAUCGAAGCGUUCUUGAUCCUUUAUCAUGGACAGCGUUACAGUCCGUCAUAUACGCUAUGGCUGGGCCAGCAUCAAUGCCCACCCUCUUUUCUCUGUCGUCUGUUCUCUUAUCCACCCCCAGUAUCACAAAAAGAGCAGUCAACAAGAAAAUUGCCAGUUCCAUUGUACCAGGCAUAGCCUUAGGGUACAUAGCACCUACUCUAGGAGCGCUUCUUGUUCCUGGCACCAAGUAUAUGCCUCAACUUGAUCUCAUGUGGCGAGCACACCCAGUACUUUGCAUCGCCUUGACCCGAGGAAUCGCAGCGCUCCGGGCUGGGCGUGACAAUAAGGGCAGAUCCGACGAAAGUGAAAAGAACGGCGAGAAGAAGCCAAUCAACUUCAUUUCUGACGAUGAGCUUGAGAAUUAUAACGGUGCAGAUGUACCAACUCUCAAGUGGAUACAUGGCUCUGCUUUUGCUGCCAGUAUUAUUCUGCCUCUUGCUGCAAAGCUUGCAUCACACUCCGGUGCGAAUAUCCUUGGCAACGCUACAAACACUAUUUUGCCUACGAUGGGUUCCCUCCCGGUGAUUAGUGCUAUAAAUGCUGCAUCGAGUCUUAUAUACUGUCUCUACUCUGCGUGGCAGUUGCGAUCGCUCGGGUUCGUCAAGACGCAGCAGGCUGUUAUUGGAGGUUUUGCUUCAGUCACUGCUCUGGGUCUUACAGGACCUGGGGCUGCGACAGCAGGGAUGUCUUAUUGGCGCGAGUCUGUUAUCUCGGAUUUGGGAAAGUUGUAUAGCUAG